UUUUGUAAAUCAAGUGGGUGGCACUGCAUACAGGUGCUAUAUCUGAAUGUGACUUGUGUCAAACACAGUAGGCAGAGCUAUGGAAAUGACUGCAGCAGAAAUCGACUUUGAUAUAUGUAAGGUACUGGAUGGAGUCUUACAUUUUGAAGAUAUAUGUAGCUUACAGACAGAUGCAUGGAAAAAGUCAAAGAAAAGUAUAACAGGAGUUAUUGAGAACUUUUUUAAGCAAUGCUUGGAAGCUCAUCCUGAUGACCCUGAUGGUGCAGUCUUUGGUAAUCCAGGAUCAGACUGUCAAAUCUUUCAGCUUCAGAUCUAUAAAACCACUAGUAUAACUGAUGGACUUUCUGUGGCUUUCACUAUAAAACGUAAGGAUGAGAAAUACUACAUGUGCUGUACAGAAGACAUGAAGCUUUACUUCAAGAAAGGAGACUGUCCCGACGUCAUUGCAGGAAACCGCAGUGAAAUCAUCUUUUUUCAGAAAGAAUUCAGUGAAGGAAACAGCUACUUCAAGUUCCAAUCAUCCUUACAAGCGGACUAUUAUUUAGCAGUCAGUGACGAAGGUGGAAAACAGAAACUAAUCCUCCAGAAAUCUGAGGGGUUCAAUGAAAGACAAAAGUUUAAUAUAGAAUGGUAAAAGUUAUAUAUGCUAACCGCAAGCUCAGUACCAUAUGCUUUCACACUUGCGGAACUGCCUGCCUGAUCCAACAGGAUCCUGAUCCGUCUUUAUGCCGGCUCUGUCUUUCCCGUGUCAUCCGGAAAAACGGAUCCGGCAUUUAUUUUUUUCACCUUUUUUUCAGUCUGCAUGCGCAGACCAGAAGGACGGGUCCGGCAUUGCGGUAUUUUGAAUGCCGGAUCCGGCACUAAUA